AACUUGGACACGUCGAACUGGUCUAAAUGUCAUUCAGUUUACCUAAAAAAUCAUAAAUUUGAGACACUUGAAUUUGUUGAAGGAAAAAAAAUAGGGAAAAGUGCUUGUGAAGCUCUGUGAAAAACGCUUUUAAGUUAACAUUAGUUUGUGUAGAAUAGUAAUUUAGAAUAAAAAGACAUAAUGGCUUUUCAAUCUCCAAUGCCAAGUCAGGAGUUUCUUUGGGAUGUCUUCCAAAGGGUGGAUAAGGAUCGUAGUGGUCAUAUUUCUGCUGAUGAACUCCAGCAGGCACUCUCAAAUGGCACAUGGAGCCCCUUUAAUCCGGAAACAGUACGCCUCAUGAUCGGUAUGUUCGAUAAGGAGAGUCGCGGCACAGUGAGCUUCCAGGACUUUGGGGCUCUGUGGAAGUACGUCACAGACUGGCAAAAUUGCUUCAGAUCCUUCGACACCGACAAUUCCGGCAAUAUUGAUCGCAACGAGCUCAAAACGGCCCUCACAGCAUUCGGCUACCGUCUAUCGGACAACCUUAUUGGGUUGCUCAUUCGAAAAUUUGAUCGCUACGGCCGGGGAACAAUUCUCUUUGAUGACUUCAUUCAGUGCUGCAUUAUUCUUUAUACUCUAACAUCGUCCUUCCGGCAAUACGAUACGGAUAUGGAUGGCGUUAUUACAAUUCACUACGAGCAGUUCCUUAGCAUGGUGUUCAGCCUGAAGAUUUGAUUCUACAUCUAAAAAAAAAAAGGACAGGCUGAAGACGUUGCAGAGUCAGACAUUCUUCACUAUAAAACAUAAAAAAAAGAAACGAUAAAAUCCUUCCUAUCUCACCAAAAUGAGAUUUUUUUUCAUCUAUUUGUACACUCUCCAAAAUCUCUCGCCAAAAUAACUGAUGAAACUGAAAGAUACAAAAGAAAUAAUAAUUGUGGAUCAUUUUGUAAUUUAUUUCUCUUUUAAGGGAAUCUAUAUGUAAUCUUAAAAUCAAAUAAUGUUGUAUUGUAAUUGUUAAGAAUGCACAUUUUUUGCUCAGAGGAAUAGAAUGGUGUGUAUAUUUUUUCAUUAUUAAAAUUUCCUUUUAUCAUUGCACGGAUUAAAUAAAAAAGAAAAAUUUAGUCGUGUUAA